CACUCCCCGCCCGCCGUGAGCCUGACAUCUUCACCUCACCGUCUCUUUAACAACGCUAAUGCGAACCGCUCCUACGGGCUGCAAUGCUGGCAUCUUGGACGUAUCAAUGCUUCCUGAUCGAGAUGGAGGGAUCUUGUCGACAGCAUCAUCGAGAUCGCGAGGCUUGUUGCGGGCUGGCGGCUCAGUUCCCGAAGGACCAGACGACUACGGCACAUACACUUUUGGCUGUAGGAACAACACCAACCUCAACUCGGACAAUUACUACACCCCCUCCAGCGAAUGGAAGAAACAUCAAAUUUCACGGUGUAAGAGAGAUCCCGAUAAGCCACGGCAACCAGCCAGCCAGCCAACCAACCAACCGGGGCGAUGACAACCGAGGCCCCAUCUACAUACAUAGUACACUACUUCAAAUGGCAAGCACCUAUUUUCCUUGGCAUCUCAACGCAGAUAUGGAGCCAUGCCACCAGACUGGGUGCUGUGCCCCUUUGGGUCAUCGAAUCGAUGGCUCCCCAGCCCCCCACCUUCUCCGGCACUCCCAGAAAUCCCAUAGUGCCAGAUUCCCGAGAUGGACACUAAUCCAAUAAAUUACACGUGGAGACCAUAAUCCCCCAAUCAGUCAGCGUUGACGAGAAGCCAGUCGCAUUCUAGAAGCUUGGGCGAUAGGCAAAGAAAAAGC